ACCAAACUCGUUGGGAGUAUUCUCUUCUUCGUCAUAACUCAAUAUGGCAAAAAUAUCCUUAGUUAUUUCUGUGUUCCUCGUGGUCAUUUUCGUUGUUGCUAUCUCAGAAAUGGCGACUGCGGAUGAACCACAAAUAUGUGAAAAGGCUAGCAUGAUGUUCUCCGGAAUUUGCAUCAGCACAUCGUGCGACAGAAAGUGUAAAGAAUGGGAGAAGGCACUCCAUGGAGCUUGUCAUCUGCGAGAGGUCAGAUAUAGUUGCUUCUGCUACUACGACUGUAAGAAGGUGCCACCUCCAAAACCUGGGUCACCACCUGCUGUUGUUGUCUCGCCGCCUCCUCCAGGUGGCGGUGGAUCCCCACCUUCUCCAGACGCCGGUGGAUCCCCACCUCCUCCAGAUGCCGGUGGAUCCCCACCUUCUCCAGACGCCGGUGGAUCCACACCAGCCUGCUGAUCGAUGUCAGGUCACCAUCUCCUCCAAAUACGAAUAAAGAGAAAAAUGAUUCUUAUAUAACGUAUAUAUAUAGCUUUUUUAGAUAGUUAAUGUGUUCAGGUAAUUAAUUGUAAGGUUGUGUCGUCGCAAUAACUGAUGAUAUGAUGCCCAUGCAAAACUGAUUCAUUAAUAUAAUAAAUUUCGUUUUAUGAUUGAA